CAAAAAUUUAAUAAAAUAGCCACCUACAUCUUCUUUUAAUAGGAUUACAUAAGUAGUUCACCGGGAGUUUUUAACUUGAUUGCAUUCAUUUAAAUUAUUUUUAUUCCAAAAUAAAAGAAUACCUUUAUAUUUAACCAUACACAUAUAUUAUAGCAUUUCAUAAUGACCACAGAUUCAUUAUCAUUCAUUCAAGGUUCUGAAACCCUCACAACAUCAGAACAAGCAAGUUUACUUGAAAACUUAUCUAAAAUAGAGGAUGCAAAUGUUCUUGUUCAAAAUGUUUCAAAGGCAAUUUCCUUGUCUGCAUCUGCAUCUCUGGCUAGAGAACUCACUCAAUUACCUACAUCUUCGUGCGCGUCUACUUUAGAUGCUGAUGUUGAAUCAAAGGCUCAUUGGAGAAACACCGGUCUCAAGGCUAUUGCUGAUAACCAAGUUGCUGUGUUGUUGAUGGCUGGUGGUCAAGGUACUAGACUUGGAUCUUCUGAUCCAAAGGGUUGUUAUAACGUUGGAUUACCAUCUUCCAAAUGUUUAUUUGAAGUCCAAUCUGAAAAGAUUUUAAAGAUUCAACAAUUGGCAGCUAAAGAAUUUAAUACAGAAAUCCCAACUUUGCCUUGGUAUAUUAUGACAAGUGAGCCAACUAGAAAGGCUACUGAAUCAUAUUUCAUUAAGAACAAUUGGUUUGGAUUAAAAUCAAACCAAGUGACAUUUUUCAAUCAAGGUACUUUACCAUGUUUUAACUUGGAUGGAUCCAAAAUGCUUUUGAGUUCUAAGACAGAAUUAUCCAAUGCACCAGAUGGUAAUGGUGGUCUUUAUAAGGCUAUUCAAGCUAAUGGAAUUUUGGAUGAUUUGAAGGCUAAAGGUAUCAAACAUAUUCAUAUGUAUUGUGUUGAUAAUGCCUUGGUUAAAGUUGCUGAUCCAACAUUUUUAGGUUUUGCCAUUGAUAAGAAAUUUGAUGUUGCCACUAAGGUUGUAAGGAAACGUGAUGCUAAGGAAAGUGUUGGUUUAAUUGUCUUGGAUAGUAAAAUCAAUAAACCUUGUGUUAUUGAAUAUUCAGAAAUUUCUGAAGAAUUGGCUAACAAGACUGAACCAGAAGAUGCUAAUAAACUCUUUUUAAGAGCUGCUAACAUUGUUAAUCACUACUACUCUGUUGAUUUGUUGAGUGAAAUGGUUCCAAAAUGGAUUUCAUCCCAAGAAUAUUUACCAUUCCAUAUUGCUAAAAAGAAGAUUCCAUCAAUUAAUGAUCAAGGUGAAUUUGUUAAGCCAACAGAACCAAAUGGUAUUAAAUUAGAACAAUUUAUCUUUGAUGUUUUCCCAUCAAUUGAAUUGAAUAAAUUUGGAUGUUUAGAGGUGGAAAGAACUGAAGAAUUUUCUCCAUUGAAAAAUGCUGAUGGAGCCAAAAAUGAUACCCCAACUACAUGUCGUCAAGACUACUUGGCUUUGGGGACUAAAUGGGUGAAGGAAAAUGGUGGAAUAAUUGAAGAUGGCUCAUUUGUUGAAGUUAGUGGCCUUACCAGUUAUAACGGAGAAGGACUUGAAUUUGUUAAGGGUAAGAAAUUCAAUAAUGGGGAUAAACUUUAAAUAAAUAAGAAAAAAAAAUAGAAUAAGAACACAAGAGAGUGGAUAAAAUGGAUCCUUCAUAAUUAAGAUAUAGAUAUGUCUCAAGUGAAAAGAAAGGUCAUACAAUAAUAUAUUUAUACAAUCGGUUGUAUUCGAUUAAAAAUCU